AUGUCUUCUUUUGUUGAGGUUAGUGCUAUGGCUCAGAUGGAUAAUAAGACACAUGGAAGUGACAGAAGCUCACAUGAAUCUCCUAUAUCUCAGCCUACCUCACCCGAGGCUAUGCUCUAUCAGGAAUACAUGAACUGGGCAGACGAUGUUGAUGAGACCCUGGAAAAUGCGAACCUCCCUCUUAACACUACACUUAACCCUCCUAUCCUCCAAACUGGCUACUUGAGCACUUACAAUGAAGGCUUUCAUGGCACUCGUCGCGUGAGAUGCGUUCGAUUCGUGCCGUCCAUUUCAACUAUUGUGGAAGAAACCGAAGAUGAACUGCUAGGAUCCGCACAUGGAUCUAGUGAUACAGAUGCAGAUUCGGAGACAAAAUGGAAGGACAUGAAAAAAUGCAAUCAUGAAACUCUGCAAUUGCAUGAAUCCCCCACCCAGAAGGCAAUCUGGACAGAGCCAAACGAGGCUACCAGUGAUUCAUCAGGAUCACCACUUGUAUCCACCGAUACGGAGCCAAGUUCUGAGAUGGUUCAAAAGGACUCGCAUGAAUCCACGAGCGAUACUUCGGAUCGGUAUGAAACUACCACCGAUGGAGUGGCCUGGACCGAGUUGAAUGAUUUUAUCGAUGAUCUGUCGGACUCGCAUGAACCCCCCAUCGAUGCGGCAAUGUGGUCAGAGUCCAGUAGAGAAAACAGCAAUCUCCCCGAAUCAGCCAUUGAAUCCAGCAAUCCAGAGCCGAGCCCAUAUGACGCCACCUCAAUUGAGUCGCACGAACCUGGCGAUGACCAAGAAUAUUCCAACGAUGAAGUUUUCUGGAUGGAGAUGGAUGAUGCCAUCAGUGAUCCCCUAGGAACACCAAUAGAAUUUAGUGAUGCAGAACUAAGCUCCCAGGGAGUCUCGAAUGAGUUCCAUGAGUCCAACAGUGAGCUAUCGGGUCUGGAUGAACCAGUCACAAAUGAAGAAUCAGCCCAGAGUCCAUGCCCAUCCAACUCCAAUGUCGACCCACGUACCGCUGCGCAAGAAGCCGUUGAUAACAUUUUCGCUGACCGCGAAAUGUGGUUGGAAGCCGACGAAGGCGUUCACCAUUUCAACUGGAUGGGUCUGAGAGUGUACAAUUACAGCGCGACAUCGCCAGCCGAUUCACUGGCACUUAUUUUAGCAACGCCCAAGUUCCCGUGGGGCACUGCGUCUUUGCGAACGCAGUCUGUUUUGAGUCGUGCAUCCACAUACAUCGAUCCUGUUAUCGUAGUUUUGGACGAUGCGGACGAGGAUUUGCUCGAACUGCGAGGAUCUGAGCUUGUGCGUGCGUCGACAGGAAAGGUCUUCAAGUAUUAUUCACCGCAUGGAAGAUGGCUGGAUGAUUCAAGAGACUCCAGCGAGGAAACCACCACUGACUUUGGGAACAUUGAACACUAUGAGGCUGCAGACUUGGCCAUUGGAAACGGCUUCGUGCAGUCGAGCCUCAUCCGUCCUUAUUGGGAGUGGAUGAAGUGCCGGAAUAAGAUCUGCGAUACCUUGGACAGAGUGUCUGGUCCUCCACGGAAGUCGACAUGGGUUGCUAAGCCAUCCCCUUUGCAUCAAUGUGAAACGAUCCCUCCACCAGAGACAUCUGAGCCUGAACCAACUGAGCCAGAAGCACCCGAGCCAGAAACACCUGAGCCAGAAACACCUGAGCCAGAAACACCUGAGCCAGAAACACCUGAGCCAGAAACACCUGAGCCAGAACAAGCCAAUACUGUCAAGGUAGCCAAGAGACCGCGUCCGAAGGUCACGACUUGUGUCGCUGGAGCUCCCCCGGAGGAAUACUUCUCUUUCCCCAACCCUCUCGUUGGUCGCCGCAGUGCAUUGAAUGCAUUCAUAGACAAGGCUCGGCGGAAGGUCACCUCCCUUUUCUCAUACUCGAAGCGAAAGUAA